AUGGCGACGACCACGACCACGACUACGACAGUAGUAGUAGAGGAAGGCAAGCUCCUCAGCGAGUCCCUCAGCACCGUCAAAAUCCAAGUCGGUCAGAUGAAGCGACAUUUGGAUAACGAUGAUAUAAUGGACGCGCUGAAAAGCGCUAGCUUGAUGCUAGCAGAACUCCGGACGUCAUCCUUAUCCCCAAAGCAAUACUACGAACUCUACAUGGCAGUGUUCGACGCCCUAAGACACCUCUCCAACUAUCUCUACGACGCACACACGCAAUCCCGACACCACCUCGCAGACCUCUACGAACUCGUUCAAUAUGCUGGGAACAUCGUACCGAGGUUGUAUCUCAUGAUCACUGUUGGCGCUGUGUACAUGUCCAUCUCGGAUGCUCCUGUGAAGGAGAUCAUGAAGGAUAUGAUGGAAAUGUCUCGUGGGGUGCUACACCCCAUACGAGGGCUCUUCUUAAGGCACUACCUAAGCGGGCAGACGAGAGACCAUCUCCCUAUCGGCAUCGAUCCAGGACCCAUAGGAAACCUCCAAGACUCCAUCUCCUUCGUCCUAACCAACUUUAUCGAAAUGAACAAACUCUGGGUACGCCUCCAACACCAAGGCCACUCCCGCGACCGCGAAAAACGCGAGAUGGAGCGACGCGACCUCCGUAUCCUCGUCGGCACCAACCUCGUCCGACUCUCCCAACUUGACGGCGUUGACCUCGAGAUGUACAAACACACCAUCCUCCCCGCUAUCUUGGAACAAGUCGUUAAUUGUAAAGAUGUAAUUGCGCAGGAGUAUUUGAUGGAGGUCGUUAUUCAGGUAUUCACGGACGAAUUCCAUUUACAUACCCUCGGCCCGUUCCUAUCAGCUACAGCUCAACUUCAUCCAAAAGUGAACAUCAAGUUGAUUGUGAUUGCGCUCAUCGACCGGUUGGCUGCGUAUGCUGCUCGCGAGGCUGAGAGUGAAGAUCCCGAUGAGACAAAACGCCAGGAAGAAGCUGCUGCUCGGAGACUUGCGGAUAAGGUGAAAAUUCAGAAGGCUCGGGUAAGGGAGAAUGGUACUGCGGUAGCUGCACCGGCCUCAGCGGAGGAUGCUUGGGAUAGUGCUGUUGCUGAUACGGAGAAAAGCAUGGCUGAGAUGGAGGUUGGUGCUGGAACGGCUACAGCCACGAAUGGCGUUUCGGCAGAGGAGCACGAUGGAUCGCCUGUUCGGAAAUUCAGGGGUGUUCCAGAGAACGUCCGGUUGUUUGAGGUGUUUUGGAAGCAAGUGGUGGAGCUUAUCAAAGCGCGGCCGGACUUGUCGAUACAGGAUAUCACCGCACUGCUUGUAUCCCUCACCAAUCUAUCGUUAAGUUGUUAUCCCGAUAGGCUAGAAUAUGUGGACCAAAUCCUUGGUUUUGCGCAUGAGAAAAUCAAGGAGUUCUCAGAAAGCCCAGACCUCCAUGCACCACAGACAGCUGCAAACCUCGCCGCUCUCCUAGUAGCACCCAUAAAUUCUUACCAAUCCGUCCUCACAGUCCUCGCAAUUCCCCACUACGUCCCCCUGCUCUCCCAGCAACUAUUCUCGACAAGACGGUCAAUCGCUAAUUCCGUAAUUUCGAGCGUACUCAAGAACGAAACGAUCAUUGAGAUGCCGGAGGAUGUGGAUGGGGUCCUGGAGCUUUGUCAUGUUUUGAUCAAGGAUCAGACCGAUUCUGCUGCAUCACAAGGUAGCGCUGGUGCCAAGGAAAUCAGGAGACAGGGACCGUAUCAUACAGAGAGGGAGGAUCUAGCGGAGGAACAAGGUUGGGUUGCACGGAUGGUGCAUCUGUUCCGCGCAGAUUCGCUGGAUAUCCAAUUUGAUCUGUUACAAAUGGCUCGGAAACAUCUCGAAGCUGGUGGCGAGCGGAUGCGCUAUACGUUCCCUGCGCUCAUCACUUCCAGCAUCAAGUUAUGUAGACGGUAUAAAAACUGUGAACAUCUUGAGGAAGGCUGGCAAGACAAGGUCAACACGAUACUCAAAUUCGCUCGGCAAUGCACCUCCAUCCUUGCCACCCAGGUCGACGCCCCAGCACUCGCAUUGAGGUUAUUCCUCCUCGCAGCACAAAUCGCGUCGGAAUGCGGCUCUGGAUUCGAAGAUCUCGCCUACGAUUUCUACGUGCAAGCUUUCUCAGUAUACGAAGACAGUAUUUCAGAAAGCAGAGCGCAGCUUGCUGCUAUCACCCUUAUCAUCGGUACCCUUCAAGGCGCGAGGGUGUUUAAUAUCGACGGGUAUGAUACGCUAAUAACGAAGGCUGCGUUGCAUGGUGCGAGGUUGUUGAAGAAACAACAUCAGGCGACAGCAGUACAUGCCGCUAGCCAUCUGUGGUGGCAAGAGCCUGUGUUAGAGGAGAGCGAGGCCGAUGGGCCUGCUGUGAAGGAGUCUGAGAAGGCUGCUUUUCCCCCUAGAGAGGAUGGUGAAGGUGUUAAAGCGUACCCGCAUCAGGACAGUAAACGUGUACUGGAAUGCCUUCAGAAAUCACUACGCAUAGCAAAUUCUGCCACGGAGGAGAUAGUUACCGUCCAACUUUACUGCGAUACGCUUGAUCAAUAUUUGUAUUAUUUCGACCGGGGCGCGCCUGCAAUCGCACCUAAAUUUAUAGUAUCACUUGUUGAACUCAUCGCCUCCUCCAUUGACACGAUCACAUCGCCAUCCUCAUCCUCCUCGUAUCUCCACCCCUCACAAAGAAUAGAAGGCGUCGCGACGCCCGAAGUGAUCACUCGACACUUCCGCAAUACCCUCGCAUACAUCCACGCAAAGAAAACGGCGGAGAACCCAGGACAAUGGGAUGAAGUCGAUGUAGUGGGGGCGUUCCUAAAGAUGGGCAUCACGCGGUAG